ACCUCCUCCUCCCAUCACCAAGAAACCAAAAACACAGCCUCUACUUCCAUUGCAUUUCCAGAAGAAAAUGUCGCUGAUCCCAAGUGUUUUCGGCCGACGAAGCAGCGUUUUCGACCCACUCUCCAUGGAUCUCUGGGACCCUUUCCGUGACUGGCCUGUCAGUUCCUCCGACGAGACCUCGCAGUUGGCGGCCACCAGGAUUGACUGGAAGGAGACGCCGGAGGCCCACGUGUUCAAGGCGGAUGUUCCAGGGCUGAAGAAGGAGGAGGUGAAGGUGGAGGUGGAGGAAGGGAAUGUCCUCCAGAUAAGCGGCGAACGCACCCGUGAGAAAGAGGAGAAGAACGACACAUGGCACCGUGUGGAGAGGAGCUCCGGGAAGUUCCUGCGCCGAUUCAGGCUGCCGGAGAACGCGAAGAUGGAUCAGAUCAAAGCCAGCAUGGAGAAUGGUGUGCUGACUGUCACAGUUCCAAAGGAGGAAGUGAAGAAGCCUGAGGUAAAGGCCAUUCAGAUUUCAGGCUAAGAAGUAACAUUCUCAAUGUAUAAUAAUCAACAUGAGUAUGUGUGUGCGACUGUUUUUCAUUUACGAUUAUGGGAUUUGUACCGAGUUGGAUAUGUAAUGUUGAGAAUGUAAGAAUGGAAUAAAGUGUGGAAUUUUAUGUAUUCUAAAUUGUAUGAUCUCA